AUGACAUCUCUUAAGAGGAUCUACAUGAUCUUGAAGUUGAAAAUUUGUGCGCAGUUGUCAAUCCAGAAGUUCAACAUACAGAAUCUUUGGACGCAGAAGAAGGUUUCUCAGAGUCAUCCAUGUAUGGUUGCUUUGAUCCAGGAGCUGCUUCUUCUGUUGAGGAAGGCUAUGAUAUCGAUGGCUUCGAUUGAGGAAGUGUUCAAAAACCAGGCAUCUGGGCCUUUAGAAAGAGCUCUUAACCUGCUGAUAGUUGCCAGAAAUCAGCCAACAACAUACAACUCUAGCGUUGGAGAAGAAAGACGCAGUUUAACUGUGGCGGCAAGUGGUGGCAUGCAGCUGAUUAAGGAAGAAGACAACAAAUCAGUAAAGGUGAAAGGCAUAGAAGUUCCCAUAAGAACUGUUACCCUUGAAGAUAGCACUGCAAAAGCAAAAGUCACCUUGUGGCGUGAGGCGGCGAUGACAUCCGUCAAAACUGGCGACUAUAUUGUUGUUACAGAUGUUGUAGUUAAUAUGUACAAAAAUGAAACGUCCCUAUCCUCUACAGCAAGGACAAGAGUUCAGGAAUCAGAUGCUCCCUUACAAGAGAGGCGGAUUGUUGUGAUCGGGGUCAGUCUGGAAGGCGGAAUGGCAGACUUGCUGCUAGAUAAUGAAGAGAUUGGGACAGUGCCUGCUGAACUCUUGAUACUUGCACUGCCUAGUGAGACACACGACGUGGAGCAGUUGACGGUAGAUGGUCCGGUCAUAUUUAACCUCAAGCAGAAAAGGAGUGAAAUCACCAGUGUGUCUCUUGCUGAGUGA